GAAAAAACCGAAGCCACAGAAACUAUGUGGCUGGGAAGUGGACGAUGUAACUAGUCAUACUCUAGGUAUCGAGACAUGGAGUAACCUACAAGUUCAAAUCCACGAGCGCCACGGAAAACUCAAAAAUGUACCAGAGCACGCUACGUACAAACAUUUACCCAAACGAAGGUGCUCUGGUUUCGAGGACACCGAUUCAUUCGAGAAAGAAAGUCUACAUGAACAUUUCUUCAGAAGAAAGCCCGAUAUUGAAGACAACUCGAACACCUCUAUAAAUUCUAGUCCAAACACAGUCACACAGCUGCCAAAUGGACCUGCUCGUAAAAGAAGCACACAUGCAGUGCGUGUACGGACGGCGGGUUCUGUACGUCCGAGUGAUGAGGAAAGGUCGAAGACGCGGGAUGACCUUGGAGUGCCAUACAAAGAAAGUGGCUGCGCUAUCCAGACCCUCCCCAGGACUGGCUUGCCUUUCGGUCUGACAAGGGCGGUAACUGACCUUGGAGAGGAGAGAUCACCCACCAUGCGCAGAAUGCUUUAUUACUCCCGAAAGUACGCAUCUAAAGACGACGACAUACACGAUGAGGAGGAAGAUGAGGGCUACGAUUCUAAGACUCCAAGUGAGGAAAAAGAAAUAAAGUUGUUUGAAACUCCUUUAAUUAUAAAUCAAUGCAGUCCUGCCAAUGGCCGGUAUCAUCAGGACUUUGCUCGUGCAAGCAAGAAUGGGCAGCGCGUGGCUAAGUUCUCAUACACGCAUCUGUCGUCUCGGCCUGUGGGUUACGGACCCUUCGACGACGAUCCGCGUAAUGGUGCUGAUCCGAGGACUUCCGGUGAAACGCAUAAAAAAUCUAAACAGUAUUUAGAAGAAUCAAAGGAAAAUAUUAGAAAUAGCAGAAAGUUGGAACGUUCACAUACUGUUAUGGUUGACAAGAACGACACAAUAACAGCCUCGGAGGAUCGACCGUCUACAAUUAUAUUACGUAAGAUUAGUAUACAAAAUUCCCACGGAGAAGGAACGCAUGAGACAGUGUUCGAUCUCCAAAAGUCGUUUCAUAGAUCACAAACAACUAUAAAUGAACAUACUUCGGAUAUGGAAAAUUAUCCUGUCAACGUUUCUAGUUCCGAACUAACGUGUCCACAGCAUAGGCCAUAUUCACGAACUUCGCAAAAGAUUACAAUUGACUCGAGUAAGCUCGCUACGGGAGACGUUUUGCGAAAGACGCACGCGGGUAUAUUCGAUUUGCAGCGGUCCCAUACGACAGUGUGCAUGCCGAUUGGAGAAUUGCUUCCAAUGGCAGAUCACUUCCACACCAAGUCGACAUUGUCCGCUUAUCCGGAACUCCCCACUACGCCCAGUAGCGCUCGCGACCCGGAGGACAAUUCUAAACUGGCUAAUAUGGAUGACGCCUCCCUCGAUUAUUACUCAAUACACAAAAACAAUGUAAGUGUUAAUUACGACUCAUACUAUAGGGGUUAAAUGUGUGUUGAUGCAUUAGGAUAGCUAUGCUGUAUGGUUUAUAGUACCCCAAGCAAAGAUGAUUGAUGAAAGGGUUUAUAUUUCAGUUAAGAAAGACAACGUUAGCUUGGUCAUUCCCGGCAACAAAGAUUGUCUGUUAAUAAAACUUUUUUGAUCAAGGUUCAUAGUCAAGCAAACCAAAGCAGUGCAAUAUAUUUGUUUUUAAACGUAAGUUAAAAAAAAAGGUGUUAAUGCUGUCAAGGUUUGCUUAAAAGAGUGCAAGAUCCCUACAUAAGUUGAUAAAGGUAGUGUACAUUUUAGUCUCGUGGACACUUCUUCAACAGUUGUGCAAUGAAAAUGAUAAUGAUAAGCA